CAAUGGUGUUGAGUAGUAUAUAUAGACCAUUGAAUCCCACAGAUAUGUCGACAUUCCCAUCACAACAUCAUUCUCUCAAACAAUACUAGUCUUUCAACUCUCCCAUCAUGAAGUUCACUUCAACUUCGCUUGCCCUCCUUGCAAGCCUUCCCCUGGUCUUCUCCCUCCCAACUGAAGCUCAGCCAUCCACUCAACAGCUCGAGCAGCCAGAAGGUUUCGUAAAGAUUCACGAAGCUGACCCCGAGCACUGGCUCCAAGCCGUGAAAGAAGAAGCCGCCCGUCAGGAAGCCGCUGCUGCUUCCACCCACAAUGAAACUGAGGCCCUCGAAGCCCGAGAUAGUUGGAUCUACCAAGUCCACGGCAUGUACACCGACAACCUCGUCAACGUCGGGGACGUCGACACCUUCUACAUGCUCUGGACGCGCAUGUACGACUCCAGCGACGACAAGGGCGGUCUCUCAGACAUAACCCGUGGAGCGUGGAGCAAAUUCUGCAAUGGCCCCAGCGCCGGCAACGGCGUAACCACAAGAUUCGUCCUCGACGGUCAAUGGGGAGCCGUAGGCCGUCUGAGCGGCUGGUCGAUGCGCGACGCCCUGAUCCACUCCAUGUGGCAGACAGCCGAUGGCAUUGGCAAGAAGAACGGUUACACCGUGUACAACAACUGCUACGGCUUUACCUGGCAGGAGGGUAAGCCGGGUAAAGCCAACUCGGCGUGUGGAGGACGAUCAGGCAAAGCUUGCCCGCACAACUCUGACUGUCCGUUGGAGGGUAUGGAGUGCACUGGCCUUAAAUGGGGCACUUGGCUUCCCAGCAUCAUCCGCAUGAACGUUUAUAACCGCGAUGGAUCGCUUCGUGCCGAUGCGUACCAGGCGAGAAUUUCUUCGCAGGCUACUGGCUCCGGUGGUUGUUCCAAGGCCCAGACUAUUUCUGCUUAUGUUGCUGAUUUUAUCCCGAUUGUUGGGCCCUACUUCGCCACUGGUAUUCGUAUCAAUUGCCUGUACCAGAGCUAAGGCCUCUCGGUAAACACCAAGGUAGCCCUAUGGGGUCCUUAACGAAGUGGUCCAGGCGUCACAGGCUUGGGAUCGAGUCACUGGCGGGGUGUACAUAAGACUGGGCUGAGGUAGUCCAGCAGACCUUGAUCAUUCUAUGUAGAUAGUUUUAUUAUUUGAAUAUACUCGCGUCCUU